UAGACUUGGUGUAAGUCGGACAGCGUAUCCAGCGAUACCUCCACCAGCAACUGGUCGCCGGUGCCAGAGCCGAACCCGAGCCCAAGCCAGUGGUCAAUGGAACUUCGGUUCGUCUACAGGUGUCGUUGAUUGCUCGUUCGAAUAACUCAACAGCAACAUUCACCGAUGAUGUCAAUUGAAAACAAACAAAAUACGUGCAGACGGUGAAUCGUAUCCGUGCUCAAUAAAUACACGUCGAUCGGAUUAAGCUCCUGUGUUUGUUAUUGCAUGUUAUAGUUUUAGUGUUUGAUAUGUUUUACAUCAGCGAUGUAGAUAUUAUUGGCGUUACGUGUUUUCGCUAAAUCAGUUAUGUGAAAUCUGUGUGCAGCGUUACUUUGCGGCCUUCCAAGAUGGGUUUUUCGGUGCACCUCCAGGGGAAGAUCGCCCAUGACGCCCUCCUGUCGCGUCAGGAUGCCGAGCUUCGACUCCUGGACUCGAUGAAACGAUGUAUUGUGAACAAAGUGCGGUGCGACAGGGAUUACGCUCUUGCAUUGAGCACCACUGCUGCUCAAGGGCUGAAAAUUGAUAGGAGCGAUGAACUCUCAGGGAGCUUGGUGGCUUCGUCAUGGAAAAACAUGAUGGAGGAACUGGAGAACACGGCGAAACAGAUCAAGCAAAAUGCCGACAGCGUGGAAAGCAAGGCGCUCGAGGCUCUGAAUAGUCUGCACGCCGAAAAAAGAAAAGUCCGAAAACUAUAUCAGGAGGAACACACGAGGAUUCUGCAACAGUUUACACAUCUCUCAGAUGAAGUAAAUAGGAAGAAAACUGAAUAUCAGAAAUACUUAGAAUUGUACAAAUUAAUGAGAAGUAGAUUUGAGGAAAUUUUUGUAAAAACCGGACGAGGUGGUCGAAAGUUAGACGAAGUAAGAGAUAAAUACCAAAAAGCCUGUAGGAAGUUGCAUUUGACCCACAACGAAUACGUCCUUCUAUUGACAGAAGCUGUCGAAUUCGAGAAAGAUUUUAGAACCGUUCUAUUGCCAGGACUUUUGGAACAUCAGCAAUCAUUGCAAGAAGCAUUUAUAUUAGCAUGGAAGCAAAUUUUGCAAGAGGUAUCUAAUACUUCAGACUUGUCUUCUGAAAAAUUUAGAGAAAUUCACAAACGAAUAGAAUCUUGUAUAGAUGCAAUAAAACCCAAUGAAGAGUAUAAAGAUUUCACUGAAAAAUACAAAACUACUCCUACAGAACCUGUCAAAUUUAUUUUUGACGAAAGUUUGGUAGAAGAUUCAGCUGGAAAGCUACUUCCUAAUCACCUAGCAGUUGACAAUUUGACCAUCGAAUGGUUAAGAACUAAAUUAAGCGACCUAGAAACGAGCAUUAGGGAAAACCAAGAAAAAAGAAACCAAUUAACGAGUAACGAAAGUAUAGCAAAUGGUAAAACUACACCAACUAACGAAAUUAACAAUAGAUUAGCUGUAGACACGUCAAAGAAGGAAAUUAACGAAUUAAAAUGUCAGGAAAGGAAAAUGCUAAGACAGACUGAGCUCAUUAAGAGCGCAUUAAAUGAACUCGGAUGCGAAGAAGUGCCUUCAGGGUGUGAUCUUUCGAUAGACAAUCAACCUUUCAUAACAAAUUCUAGUGAACAGGGCGGCUCUGAGGGUGCGCUAAAUAAGCGUAGUGUUUUCGAUCAUCAGAAGAUUGUAAAAAUGUUACGUAAACCGUUCCGUCGGAAAUCAGUUCCAUCAUCGCCUGUGGCACCUCCCCGCACAAAAGGACGGAGAGACUCCGCCCCUAGAAGUGAAGGCGGUGAUCCCGUAUCCAUGACAACAAACAAAUCAUUGGUAGAUGAGGAAUGGUUCCAUGGGGUACUUCCCAGAGAGGAAGUAGUAAGGCUGUUGACCAUGGAAGGCGACUUUUUAGUUAGAGAAACGACACGAAACGACGAAUGCCAAACUGUCUUAUCAGUUUGUUGGGGCGGUCACAAACACUUUAUUGUACAAACUACUGCUGAAGGCCAUUACAGAUUCGAAGGUCCAGCAUUUCCUAGUAUAAGAGAACUGAUAUUAUACCAAUACAAAAGUGGACUACCAGUAACUGGUAGAUCCGGAGCAAUACUCUAUAAACCAAUUCCACGGGAACGUUGGGAACUGAAUAAUGAUGACGUUAACCUGUUAGACAAACUUGGACGAGGCAAUUUUGGAGAUGUAUACCGUGCUCAACUGAAAAACAGUAACGAAAUUGUGGCUGUAAAAACAUGCAGGGUUACACUACCGGAAGAUCACAAAAAAAAGUUUUUACAAGAGGGUAGAAUAUUGAAACAAUAUGAUCAUCCAAACAUAGUAAAACUUAUCGGCAUCUGCGUUCAAAAGCAGCCAAUAAUGAUAGUAAUGGAAUUGGUGCCUGGUGGAUCUCUAUUGACAUUCUUAAGAAAGAAAUCGUCGACACUGACAGAACCUCAACUCUUGAAAAUGUGUUUAGAUGCUGCAGCUGGUAUGAGAUAUCUAGAAUCCAAGAACUGCAUUCACAGAGAUUUAGCAGCUCGUAACUGUCUCGUAGGUUACAACAAUGUUGUUAAAAUAUCAGAUUUUGGAAUGUCUAGAGAGGAAGAAGAAUAUAUAGUUUCAGAUGGAAUGAAACAAAUUCCUAUAAAAUGGACUGCGCCUGAGGCGCUUAAUUUCGGCAAAUAUACAUCACUAUGCGACGUUUGGAGUUACGGCAUCCUAUGUUGGGAGGUAUUCUCUAGGGGAGGAACACCGUACGCUGGCAUGAGUAAUUCUAAAGCCAGAGAAAAAAUUGAUGCUGGAUAUCGAAUGCCGGCUCCUGAAAAUACUCCAGAAGCAAUGUACAGUCUAAUGAUUCAAUGUUGGGAGUACAAACCAGAAGCACGUCCGAAUUUUGAACAAAUUUAUUCAGUGGUUGAUAGUUUAUGUGCUGCUCACAGAGUUGCUUUUUUAUAAAAAUCUGAUUUCAAGAAGUCUAUGUUUGCAAAAUAACAAUAAAAUCAAUGCUUUUUACAUAUACGUAUUAUGGAUAUGUAUCAGCAAAUCUAUUCAUGCCUUCAAUAGUUUUAGUAGCAUUAAAUUUAUUCCGUCCGUUAUAUUUUAUGGCAACUAAAUCUUAAAUGUACUAGUCUGAAAUUUUGUUAAUACUCAUUUUACAGAAAAGUAUUAAAUGCUCUUUCUAGUUGAAGACUGAAAUUGGAUUUUGAUUUUAUUGUUUAUAAGCAAAUAAUAAAAAUGUAUACUUUAUUCUAUAUGCAAUUUUAAAAUAUGCAAAAAACUGUGGAUGCAUUAGUUUGAUGUUGAAUUUUAGUUUUUUUUAAUGUUUUAAAUGUGUGUUAUGUCCUAUUGAAACUAAGUUAUCGAUCUGCAAUAUUUCUGUGAUGUUUAUAUCCAUUAAAACGUGGAAUUUUACGUUAACUUUUCAAAUAGAUAUAAAUUUUAUUGUUUUAAAAAGUAUUAAAUGCAAACAUUUUUCUCAUAUAUCCAAAAGAAAAAUGUCAAUGUAAUAUAAAUAUGUAUGUUACUAACAUUUGGCAUUAAUACGGAAUAAUUUCAAUGUGUAAUAUGAUUUUUAAUAUUUAGAAUUAAGUUUUGACAUCAAUAUACUGUUAUUAAGUUUU